UCAAUAAUUUUCAAAUGGGAUGAUAUAAUAUCGAAAUGUAUCCACAAUUCACUUCGGAGAUUUAAGUGGAAGUGUGAUAAAGACCGAUUGUGAUGGACUGAACACAAUUUUCCUCGUCAUAUCUUUGUGUUCGGGAGUUUGCGGGCUUGUGGACUGUGGUGUGUUGUCAAUGUCAUGCCGCUUAGAAGUCGUGUGUUGUUUAUUCGUAGAGGAGAAUGCCAUGAAGUAUGUCAGAAACCACAAGGUGUCAACGCUGAUGACAUAAUUCGUUCACUAAACAUCUUUUGCGUGUGUAACAUAUUUCAUUAUGCUCGUAUUACUCUUCCGCAGACUAGACAGGAGGGAUGAAUCUGCGCUGUCACUCUGAUACGGUGUGAAAUGAGUAGUUUCGGAGUAAAGCGUCUGAGGAAUUUAUCUCAUACUCUCAGAUGGAUAAUUUACCAAACAAAUGAGCAGUAAAUAAACUGGCGACGAAUUGUAAAUAGUUCACCACUAUGGCUGUUUUGCAUCGUGCAUUAUUUACGUGGUUUAUUUUACUCGUGUUUUUCAUUUUACUGGUGUUGCGGCUUGAUUCUCGAACUCAUUGGAACUGGUUUAUUGUUUUCGUACCCCUGUGGCUCUACGACUUGAUCCUGCUGGUGUACGUGUUGUUUUAUGCAGUAUCACAAUGCAAGGGCCACUGUGGUGGGAGAGCGGCAGCAACACGUGCAUGGUCGGUUGCAGCCGUUACACUGAAAAUGACAGCCCAAGUUGUUCUCUGUUUGGCUCUGGAGUACCCUUCUUGGCAGCUGUCAGUGUACUGGGUAAUGGCACCGCUGUGGCUUUUCCUGCCAGUCCUUGUUGUAGCUGUAUUCAUCUCACUUGUGAGAUACAGUCAAUAUUAGGAAUUGUUUGGUGUCAUACAACUCUCAUUACUGAACAUCCAUCUUGAGUAUGUUGGAGGAACUUGUCACUUGACUGCUAUUAGUGAAGACUAAUGUGGAGCUCUGUUAGAAGUAUGAACACUCAGUUGUGAACUAAAUUAUUUUUUUCUUUUAUGAUUACGUAUAAGUGAGUACAGCUAAAUUCAAAUGGGUGGUUCUAAGUUGGAUUUCAGAAUGUUUGCAAUUCCAGUUUAUAAUUUUUGUUGAUAAUAUCUGUGACAAUUUUUGAACAUGACACAUUGGUUACAAUAUGCAAGUGUAAAAAUAAUUUUAGAAUAUUGUAGUUCUUGUACAUAUUUUCUUAACUGUUUAUAUUCUUGUAAUUAUUCAUUCUAAGCUGAUUUUAAGUAUACUCCUAAUGAGAGAAUAAUUUCUUUUGGGCAUUAUCUGAUGCAUCUAAAUAGUAUGAAAUGUAAUGUAAUUAUUGCAGCAUUAAGCACUACAAUAUGACAUCUAGAAGAACCAAUGGUUAUAAGUGCUUUGUUGAGACACAUAUUCCAUUGUACAUAAUAGCUGUUUCAGUUUCAUUCAGACUUGUUACCAGAAGCGGUUCUCAAGUCUACUACAUUAUGAAAACAAAAACAAUUACAGAUUUUACUAUAAGUCUUUGAAGAAUAAUUAUGUCUUGGCUGUGUGCAUUAAAGUGUAUGAUUUCUUAGUUUUACAGUUUGAAAUGUUAUCAAAUAGGGAAAAUAUGUACAUAGUAGCAUAAAUAAUUUACACAGGGCUCUCAAUAAUACAAAAUUAAUCUGCAAAAUUGUUUACAGAAUAUCUGUAGAUGAAGACAAUUACACAAAACUGAAACAUGUUUGUAAUUAUUCUGCUUCGUAAGAAAAGAGACACAGUAAAUAAUAAUAAAAAAAAACAUAGUCCUAUCAGUCUCAAGAUAGGAACUAAAAUCAUUGUCAACCACAAUGAACAGACUUUGAAACUUUUGCCAGAAAAAUCUGGCUUUUAAAGUAGAUAUAUCACAGUCAACUACUAGUUUGUCAGGAACGCAGUAACAGAAUAGAGCAAUGACUGAAUUACCACUCUGUUUUGGUUUCAUAGAUCUUGAGGAUGCUUUAGAUUCAGUUUCAUCAAAUCUAACAGACAGCUGUUGAUAAACGAAGUAUUGAUUCAGUAUUUGUUAAUAUACAGAAGAAUAGAGCUGGUAUCACUCUUAAGAAUCACUGGCUGUAUUUUAUACUCUGUUUUGGCAGAUAUUUGCUAUUUUGCUUUUUCAGUUUGUAGAUGGAACCACCUAAACAAAUUCCUCCCCAUCAUGGUUUCUCGUGAUGCCCAGUACCAGGAGAAAAUGUCAGUUUGCUUCUCUUUACUAACAAAACGUUUUUUAACUGAACCUUUAUGUGUUUGAUUGGUAGAAUGAACCAAACUUGGCAUUGUGCAAUAUUCUGCUUAACAAUAUGUGUUAACGGUUACUAGAAGAUGUUAAGGAAUAAUCAGAAUUCUUGCGUGGAAGUAACAGGUAGGCAAUGCUACACAAGCCAGAAUAUAAGAUAGAUAAAAUUGGAGAAGGAAUAUAUGAUGAAUAAUUAGAUAUUUUCAUGUUAGGGAUAUGGAAACUGAAAUACCAGACCAUAAAAUCUUGAAAUUAAUAUCUGUUUUGAGAUUUGUUAAUUCUGUGGCUAUAACAUUACAUCUUAUGAUCAGUCUCUGACGCAGUCAAUAACAUACAGGUUCCAAAAGAUUGCUAAGUAUUUGUUGGCCAUUUCCUCCUAGGCCAUCAUGCCUCAUAUUAUGACCCGGGCCACACUGUGCAGUCUGGUUACUCCUGCCAUGCAGCAAUGCUACUCUGUCACUUCUGGAGUUUGGGUGCACUACAUAUUUUGCUACUCAGUUAACACACAUCACUAAACUGUAUAUUUUUGCUUGCAACAAGAACCAGACCAAUGUUUUCCAUUGACACUGUGCCUUGCAUGAAACAAGGCGUGAGCAGUAUUUGUUCAGGCUGGUUCGUGUAUGUUGAAAAAACAAAAUUGCAAACAUCUGCUGAAAGCCCAGAGAAAAUGUUCUUAGGAGAGACAUGUAGUGUAUCUCAGUACUAGACUGCAUGUCAGGCAAGGGAAUUCAAUAUCACUACAGACAUUUUAGCAGUCUUAAUGGAUGUUUUCAGACUCUGAAAUUGGGAAAAGAAGGAAUGCAUGUCAAUGGAAUACCUUCAUUUUGUUGCUAAUAUAAUGUUUUUUGCCUUAGGUGGAGACAAAUUUCAGCAUGAAUGGAACAAUGUAAUAAGAAAAGGUUGAAAGUAGUACUGACAAUCAACUGUAAAAAUAAUGUAACUUACAUUGAGAAGGAAAUAGUGCAAAUUAAUGUGUAGUCAUGAAACCA